AUGGCCUCUACAGCUCCAUCGUCCUCUGUCAAACUGAUGACUUUCCAGAUUCUCGAAAAAGUCGACGGCCAAUUCUGCAACGACGAGAUAUUGAAAUCCAGGUCUUGGUCCGAUCGGUUUCCGGAACAAAGCUCGAGAGCCUUCCUUCCACUGCCAAACCGCUCAUUUUCCAGGUCCUCGACCAAAUCAAAGGAUUUUGAAUUCGUGUUUGUUUCCUUGGUGGUUUUGUUGCCGAUUAUGAAGAUUCAAAGAGGCUGUGAAACAAUAGAGGCUCAGGUAUUCUCUCAAAGGAUUAAUUUGAUGAGGCUGCAGUACAAGCAAUUCAAAGAGGAACAUCGGAACAUCUGA